CCCGGGAGCAUGAAGGACCGAACCCAGGAGCUCCGCACUGCCAAGGACAGCGACGAUGAUGAUGAUGUCACAGUCACCGUGGACCGAGACCGCUUCAUGGAUGAGUUCUUCGAGCAGGUGGAGGAGAUCCGGGGCUUCAUCGACAAGAUCGCAGAGAACGUGGAGGAGGUGAAGCGGAAGCACAGUGCCAUCCUGGCCUCACCCAACCCUGACGAGAAGACCAAGGAGGAGCUGGAGGAGCUCAUGUCCGACAUCAAGAAGACGGCAAACAAAGUUCGUUCCAAGUUGAAGAGCAUCGAGCAGAGCAUCGAGCAGGAGGAGGGCCUGAACCGCUCCUCCGCAGACCUGAGGAUCCGGAAGACACAGCACUCCACGCUGUCCCGAAAGUUUGUGGAGGUCAUGUCCGAGUACAACGCCACGCAGUCUGACUACCGUGAGCGCUGCAAGGGCCGCAUCCAGAGGCAGCUGGAGAUCACCGGCAGGACCACGACCAGUGAGGAAUUGGAGGACAUGCUGGAGAGUGGGAACCCCGCGAUCUUUGCCUCUGGGAUCAUCAUGGACUCCAGCAUCUCGAAACAGGCUCUGAGCGAGAUCGAGACCCGGCACAGUGAGAUCAUCAAGCUGGAGAACAGCAUCCGCGAGCUACAUGACAUGUUCAUGGACAUGGCCAUGCUGGUUGAGAGCCAGGGGGAGAUGAUUGACAGGAUCGAGUACAAUGUGGAGCACGCAGUGGACUACGUGGAGAGGGCCGUGUCUGACACCAAGAAGGCUGUCAAGUACCAGAGCAAGGCGCGCCGGAAGAAAAUCAUGAUCAUCAUCUGCUGUGUGAUCCUGGGCAUCGUCAUCGCCUCUACCUUUGGAGGCAUCUUCGGAUAGAAACUACCCACCUGCCGCUGUACUCUGGACGGGCUAUCCUGAGGAGCCCUGGCUGCUGCUGCCUGGCUGGGUCGCCCUCCCACCCCGCCUCCUGGCUCA